AUGGGAUGCGCAGCCUCCACCGAUACUAAUCACCAAUACAGCAAUGUGGGACAUGGAAACCAACAUGAUUACAAUGGUCCGCCACCAGACAGUAGAAUGUACAAUCACAAUCAAGUACAACCAACACCUGCACGAGACCCUACCCCACCACCCAAAGACCCCACACCUCCUCCGCGAGAUCCAACACCUCCUCCGCGGGACCCAACUCCUCCGCGAGAUCCAACACCUCCUCCGCGGGACCCAACUCCUCCGCGAGAUCCAACACCUCCUCCGCGGGACCCAACUCCUCCGCGAGAUCCAACACCUCCUCCGCGGGACCCAACUCCUCCGCGAGAUCCAACACCUCCUCCGCGGGACCCAACUCCUCCGCGGGAUCCAACACCUCCCCCACCAUCUCCUCCAAAAGACCCCACCCCACCACCCCGAACCCCCACACCACCACCACCACCACUGCCUCCAUCUGAACCAGAUCACCAAGAGCUUACACCAGUUCCCUACCCAAGUCAUCUUGAUGGUAUGAGUUCACCGGUUCCACCAAAGUUCGGGUCAGAAUAUGUCGAAACGCAUAUGGAAACACACGAAGUUCAUGCUGACUUCCGACAGAGCCCAGAAGACUAUGAUUACGAACAGGUUCCCGUUACGUCCGGGGACAGUUUAUACGAAGACCUUGACUUUCCAUUGGAUGUCGCUCUGCCUAGUCGUUCCGAUGGAAUUGAAUGGAAACGUCCCACGGAAAUUCGAUCACGUCCGACUCUUUUCUCUGACGGAACCACGAGAUACGAUAUCGGACAGGGUUCAAUAGGGACCUGUUGGUUCCUGUCCAUGGUUUCUGUAAUUGCAGAUCGACCUAAACUCAUAAGACAGGUGAUUCCCCGAAAUGCCUACAUGGUCGGCACUCCUGAGUAUAGAGGCAUAUUCCACUGUCGGUUCUGGAGGUACGGAAUUUGGGAUGACGUGUAUAUUGAUGAUUACUUGCCUAUCGUUCAUGGUGACCAAGUAUACGGCGCACAUUCCGCCACGGACGAGAACGAGAUGUGGGUUGCUCUUCUGGAGAAAGCAUUUGCCAGGUCCUAUGGGAGUUACGAAGCGGUGACCGGGGGAUUGACAGCAGACUCAUUCAUCGCCUUGACAGCCGGUGUACCGGAAAUGAUAGAUAUACAAAAGGGGGAGACUUCCGGUGAAGUCCUUUUCAACCGAAUCACUAAUGCUUUGUGUUCGGGAGCUAUGGUAGCAUGUACAGUCCCUGAUAAGUAUGACGACCACAAAGGGCUCGUUGGUGGACAUGCGUACUCGCUUACCGGAACUGCAGUUGGAAACGAUACCCAGUUGAUCCGUGUCCGAAAUCCAUGGGGCAAGCACGAAUGGACAGGAGCCUGGAGUGACGGGAGUUCUGAGUGGUCAUCCGUUCCCGAAGGUGCCGUUCAAAGGGCAAACGUCGACGAUGGCGAGUUCUACAUGUCACUCAAAGAUUUCAUGACUUAUUUCUCUGACGUCACGAUAUGUUGUCUUACGCCAGAUUUCGACAGGGACGGAAGUAGCGAUACUUUGAAGUAUAUCACGUGUUUGUACGGAGACUGGCGCGGGAGCAGCGCUGCCGGUUUUCAGAAUAAGCUGGGGAACCCAAAAUAUCUUAUAGAAGUUACUGAUGACUCUUGUGACGAGACAGGUAAUGUCCCGCUGGUCUUACAGAUCAUACAGAGAACCUACCAGAGAAAGAAGGAUAAAAUCUCUAUCCGCUGUGAUCUGUACAAAGUGAUGUCGAGCCAGGAAAGUAUCUACGUCGUUGACGAACUCGGUAAAAACACCAACUCGUACAAACAGGACCAGCAAGCGUCCUUCCGUUACCACGUCAAACCUGGAAAGUACAUCGUGGUUCCCUCAGCCAUUGAAGAGGGACUAGAGAAGGAAUUCAUGGUCAGGGUAUUUACAUCAGCACCUCUUCAGUGUUUUGAGGACGGAAUGAUAGCGAGGAAUCUGACGGAUGACAACAGUAUUAAGUACAUGGUUUUUGACCGCCCAGACCUACCACAGCUGGAUGUACCCACUGAAACCCGUUGCUGUAAGUGUGUGACAGGAGCGUUCGUAUGUGGCGCGAACGCUGGGGGUCAGGUCUCAAAUGAUACAGUAGGCAACAAUCCCCAAUUUCGUCUAAACAUUAGUGAGAGAGGUCUGGCGCGAAUCCAGCUGAUGCAAGAGGUGAAGGACGAACUUUUACCAUUAGGGAUCCGUAUGUGGAAGGUGGAGGAAGGUGACUACCCACUGACGACCAGCUGGAUAUGGGACAACUACACCGAUGAUGGCAAGCUAGCGCGCAUGACCGACAAUGAUGAUGGCAAGUUUGUGGUGGCCAAGAAUGUGUCAGCUGAUUACGUCCUUGACCCUGGGACGUAUGUCGUUCUUAUUCAUCUUGACAAUCAAUCGCAGGAGACGAAAUUUGCGUUAAUGGUGGAGUCAUUUCAGGAGAUUGGACUUGAGUACGGGGACCCAUGUGAAUUAGCCGAGGCAAAGAAAAGACUCAAAAUAUGCAAAUGCUACCACAUUGGAAUUAUUUCUUCUGAUAUACAGACUACCAAGAACACGGAUUUGUUACCAUAG